UUUUCGUUUCGCGAUCUCUCUCCGAUCUAAUUUUGUGCCUUCGUUUUUGCCCUUAAAUCGCAGUACUGUAAUCGUCUUUGGUUUGAUUGGGAUCCGAGAUAAUCAACAGGAUUUGCAGAGUUAGAUUGGAUCCUAUAAUUUGAUGGAAGGGUUGGCGAGCACAGGCACCAUCACUGUUCAACCCUAUUGUACACGCCGAAAAUACAUUUCCCCCCAACCAUACCCUCAUCAUUUGACAAAGGGUUUGUUUACAAGUUGUCUUCGGAUGAGCACAAAACCCAGGUUGACCACCUCCAUAACUGCUUCAGUUCAGCCUAUAGAAUCAGCCAUUCCUGCGCAAUGCAACAACACUCAGCCUUCGAGAGAAGUUCUCGAGAUAUGGCAAAGUGCUGAUGCAGUCUGCUUUGAUGUGGAUAGUACUGUCUGCCUCGAUGAGGGCAUAGAUGAACUUGCAGAGUUCUGUGGAGCUGGAAAGGCUGUUGCGGAAUGGACUGCUAGGGCAAUGAGUGGUUCUGUUCCUUUUGAGGAUGCUCUGGCAGCCAGACUUUCUCUGUUUAACCCUCCUCUGUCCCAACUCCAGGAUUUCCUUGAGAAGAAACCUCCUAGACUUUCUCCUGGCAUAGAUGAAUUGAUCAAGAAAUUGAAGGUUAAACAAACUGAUGUUUAUCUGAUUUCUGGAGGUUUUCGUCAGAUGAUCCAACCUGUUUCGUUACUACUUGGAAUUCCCCCUGAAAACAUCUUUGCAAAUCAACUGCUCUUUGGAAGUUCUGGGGAGUUCCUUGGGUUUGACAGGAGUGAACCUACUUCUAGGAGUGGUGGGAAAGCCACUGCAGUUCAACAAAUAAGGGAGGCUCAUGGAUACAAGGCACUAGUCAUGUUAGGGGAUGGUGCAACUGAUCUUGAGGCUCGUAAACCAGGUGGUGCUGACUUAUUUAUUUGCUAUGCUGGAGUUCAACUUCGUGAAGCUGUCGCAGCAAAGGCCGAUUGGGUGGUUUUCAACUUCCAAGAUUUGAUAAAUUCCUUAGAAUAAUUACUUGUUACUAUACAUCUUCAGAAAUUUCUCUUCCUUUUUAUUCCUGGGGCUGGUGCUUCAACUUCUAUUAUUGAAUACUUUGCCAUCAAUCUAGGGUGGAAAAGAAAUUAUGAUAUGCUAAUUGUAAUUCCUACAAGGUUUGUUAUUAUCUUUGUUAUGAAUGCUGUAAAAUUAAGCUGAAGUAAAAGAUGUUACAGGGGUAUUUUAGUU